CAGAGGGCACUGGGAUUCGGCGGGGAGGGACUGGAGAGAGAGAGAGACUCUCGGUUCUCGGGCCGCCACUUCUCUCACUCCUCUCGAGAUUAUUUUUAUUCUUUUUACUUUUAUCCCCGAAUUCUGAUGGUUUACUUUCUUACGGCGAUAAGGUAGAGAGAGACGGAGGGUUGCACGGCUGGAAAUUCCCAUGGGUGAAUACGAGGGUUCCUUGGUUUUGACGGAGUUUUAAUAAAAGCCCAGAGUGAAUUUCGGAUAAUGCCCAGGGUUUUUGAAGUAUGGAACUUUUGGGCUUUGAUGCAGUGAUCUAAUGUGUCGAAUGUUGAGUGAGUGAUGGGCAGUUGCAGUGAAGAACAGGAUCAGUUUUUUGACACCUGUGAGGACAUUGCGUCUGUGUCCGACUGUGGUUCGGAUGGCCCAGAGAAUUUUGAUUGUAAUUCAAAGGUUUCUGCUGCUGUGACAGGUAGUUGUGGGUAUGAGGUCUGGAUUAAGAACCCAGGAAGCAUUUCUGAGCGCCGUAAUAAAUUUCUAAAAUGGAUGGGUUUAAGUUCAGAUCAACCUGUGAGGGAAGAUUGUGAACUAGUUUCUUGUUAUGAAUUGGAUGUGGAAACUGAUAGAAUAAUGGAAAGCAGUGGGACAGUUUUGAGAACCUCAGGUUCUGAUGAUGGGAUUUCAUCAAGUCAGUCGUCAAGGUCUUGCUGGUCUAGUGAUGGUCGAGAAUUGUUAGAAAGCGCGUUAGAGGAGAAUCUAAUGUGUAGGAUUAAAAAUUUGGAUUAUGGAAGUGAGUUCAUUGUGGAUGAACUAGGGCAAGAUGGCCCACUGCAGAGGCUUCGUAAAGUAGGUUCAAACCAGUUGGUUACCAUUGAAGAAUUUGAGAAGACUUUUGGGCUGUCCCCUCUGGUUCAACGAGUCAUGAGAAAAGGACUCGAAGAUGUGCGCAAUUUUCAGGAAAGAGCCAAGCGGGUGAGGAAGGGAUGGUUGAAGCGAUUAGGUUCUGUGGCUUGCGUUGUAGAUAGGCAAGGCUUGGGAAUUAAUGAUUCCUGCACAGUUGCAAGGGCUAGGACUCAAAUUGUUAAGGUUCGCUCUUACAGGAAGCAGUUGAAAGAAUUCACAGCUCUUUAUAUGGGACAAGAUAUUUUGGCACAUGAUGGUUCGAUCUUGACAAUGAAGUUUAGUCCUGAUGGACAGCACCUGGCAAGUGCUGGAGAAGAUGGAAUUGUGCGUGUAUGGCAGGUGAUGGAAUCAGAGAGAUCAAAUGAAUUUGACAUUCCUGAUACCGAUACUUCAUACAUGUGCUUUGCGGUAAAUGAUAUUUCUGAAAUAGUGCCCCUCAAUUCCAAUAAAGAGAAAAAGGGUAGAUUGAAGAGUUUGAGGAAAUCAUCGGAUGCAGCUCGUGUUGUUUUCCCUCAGAAAGUGUUUCAGAUACUGGAGAAACCAGUGCAUGAGUUCCAUGGGCAUGAGGGUGAAGUCUUAGAUCUUUCAUGGUCAAAGAAUAAGUGUCUUCUGUCAUCCUCUGUUGAUAAAACAGUUCGCCUUUGGCGAGUGGGAUGUGACCAAUGCCUCCAAGUAUUUUCCCACAAUAAUUAUGUUACGUGCGUUCAGUUUAAUCCUGUGGAUGAUAAUUACUUCAUUAGUGGCUCUAUAGAUGGAAAAGUGCGUGUCUGGGUAAUUUCUGGUUGUCAAGUUGUUGACUGGACUGAUAUCACAGAAAUUGUCACAGCUGUGUGUUACCGACCUGAUGGGAAGGGUGGAAUUGUCGGAUCGAUGAAUGGCAAUUGCCGGUUUUAUGAUGCAUCAGAUAACCAUCUACAGCUGUAUGCUCAAAUAUGUUUACAGGGUAAGAGUAAGUCGCCGUUCAAGAGAAUAACUGGCUUCCAGUUUUCACCAAUUGACCCAAGUAAAUUAAUAGUCACUUCUGCUGAUGCUCAAGUCCGGAUCCUUCAUGGGAUUGAUGUAAUCUGUAAAUUCCGAGGCCUUCGUAGUGCAGGAAGCCAGAUACCUGCAUCUUUCACCUCAGAUGGAUUUCACAUUGUCUCAGCAAGUGAGGAUUCUAAUGUUUAUGUCUGGAACUACAUCAGCCAGGAGGGGCCUGUUUCAGGCCAAGUGAGGAAAAAUUGGUCUUGUGAGCACUUCUUCUCAAACAAUGCAUUGAUUGCCAUACCUUGGUGUGGGAUGACAUCUGGAAACUCCAUUUUCUCUAGCAUAUCAGGAGCAUAUUCUUCCUCUAGUAGUGUUGAUUCUGCUGAAAAUAUCUCAUGCCAAGAGGGUGAAAGUUCAUGCAACCCAAUUUCAGUUUUGCCACCCGAUCAUUUUUCUCGGAGCCAUAGAUUUUUUUCAGAUUCUUCAUCCAAGGGCUCUGCAACCUGGCCAGAGGAGAAGCUUCCCACUCCAACCUCACUGGUCGUGUCAUCCACAUUCUGUAAAUCCAAGUACAAGCUUCUGAAGAAAUCUUGCCAGAGUAUGUUUGGUUCACCUCAUGCAUGGGGUUUGGUGAUUGUCACAGCUGGAUGGGAUGGACGGAUCAGAUCAUUCCAAAAUUAUGGGCUGCCAAUUUAUCUUUAAAGUCAUAUGUCCUUUGGGUUAAUAAGCGAACUUUCAAGAAAUCAUUAUUGUUGAAGGUGGCAGUGUUGCUGGUUUUGACAAGAGUUAUGCAAUUUGACCAGAUACAGGGCCAAAAUGAUUCAAUUUUUGGUCAGAUUUAGUGGAACAAAAAUUUGGAUUUCAUCGGUAUCUGCCUUAGUAGGACCAGUCCAAAUAUUAUAUAGGCACACACGUGCAUCUUGACAUGUCAAUGUAGAUUUUGAGGUACACCGAUCUGGCUGCAACAGUGGCAUUUUCCGUGUGUGAUGGGUUGGCCAAAGUAACAACAAAUGGCUGGUUAGCAUUAAAGGGGAUUGGAUAUGACUAACUAUUCCAUUCUUUAAUUUGUUUCCUUUGAAAGUUCUGUGGCUGCCCUCUCUGAAGAGAUUAAAAGGAGGGUCUCUUCGAGGAGUCUAAUUCAAGGUUGUGUAUUGGUGUAUAAUUCAAGUGUAUUUAGGUUCUUAUGAUGAUUCAUUUUCGGGAGGUGGUGUGGAUAAGGGGAGUUUGGUGUUUGUUACCCAUGAAAAUUUUGGUGGGGAUGAUGUAUUGGUUAGCUGAAUAAGUAUCUUGCUUAUCUGCCAAGUAGUGGAUUGUCGUCUUCUGGUCUGUUCUGUUGGGCUGCUUACUAUCCAAAUCAGAACAGUGAUUGUUCCUAAUCAAACUGUAAUGAAGCUAUGGUCAGAAAUUUUGUGGGCCAUUUAACCAUUUUAUGCUUCUUGUUUGUUGUGCUUUGGGAGGAUUUCUUCGCGGCUUUAUGGACAAAAUCUUUACAUCAAUCACCUGAUGGCUGCCUGAAAUGCUGGUAGUUUCUAAUUUAUCACACUAAUUGGAUGUGUAUUCUGUCCCCUUUUUUUGGUUAGUUUAGAUGAUUUUGGGUUGGGCAGGUUUUCACCUUAAAGGUAUAUGUGUUAUUUUCAGUUGUAAUAUUCCUCGGAAUGGAAAAUCUUCAUCGUUAAGUGUUUGGUUGAUUUUUGAAGAAAGUUUUGAAUA